CUGCUUUCCCCACCUCUACACUACAAGGAAGCUUGCUAAACUCCUUUCUUAGCCUGCAGCUAAGGAGAGAAGAAGUGAAUAGAAACCAGGAAAUAACUAUCAAGAAACCAUAGUAUAGGAAACCAUGGAAAUGAAAUCACCUUUGCCACCAGCUCCAGAAUAUCCAGGUUAUCAAGCUACACAAAUCCCAUAUGGAUUUCCUCAGCAUGUAUCUCAGUCUGCUGUUCCAGGACAAGCUGGUUCAACUUUUCCAGGUCAACAGACAGCUUAUGGAGCUCUCCCAAUUCAAGCACAGCCUACUGUACGAGCUCCUGUAAUUUGGAUGUCAGUACCAUCUGUACCUUCCCAAUGUCCUCCUGGAUUAGAAUAUUUAAGCCAGAUUGAUCAGAUAUUAAUUCAGCAGCAGAUGGAACUUAUGGAAAUGAUAAGUGGUUAUGAAACUGCCAACAGAUAUGAAAUCAAAAACACCCUGGGUCAAUGGGUCUACUUCGCAGCCGAGGAAAAUGAUGACUAUACCCUGAACCGAUAUAGGCAAUUUCGGCCAUUCACCAUUAAGAUCUUUGACAGUAAAUGCCAAGUUGUCAUGCAAGUGAAAAGAGAAGGGCAACAUUUUGGUUGCCCCUGUCCUUGCGUUUGCUGUUUGCAAGAGCUUGAAGUUCAGGCCCCACCAGAAAGAGUCAUUGGCUACUGUAAACAGACAUGGCACUGCUGCCUGCCUAAAUAUGCUAUUCAAAACGACGCCAGAGAGGACAUGCUUAAAAUAGAUGUCUCUUGUUCAUCAUUUCAACGUUUUGCAGAUAGUCAUUUUGAGGUGAAGUCGCCAGAUGGGAGUUCUACAAUUGGAAGAAUUACCAAGCAGUGGACUGGCUUGGCAAGGGAGGCCGCUACAGAUGCUACCAAUUUUGCAGUCCAAUUCCCACUAGAUCUCGAUAUUAAGAUGAAAGCACUCAUGAUUGGGUCUUGCUUUCUCCUGGUUGCCUUCAUAUUGCUGCCUCAAUUGCAGCAGUGAUGUUGAAGAUUUCUGGUGCAGAGUGCAUGGGAAAGAACAUAAGACCAGCCCUGCUGGAUCAGGCCC